UGACGUCACUUUCAGUCAGAUCUCGAGAUAAGAGGACGUAUAAAUAUUGACCGACAAUCCCCGUUGCUUACAACUCCUCAACCUGCUCUGUGAUUGCACUGUACGAACCUCAACACUGUAGAGAAAGAUGUCAGAGGUCGAAGUUGUCUCAAAUCAGAGCGCGAUGGGGCGUGUCUCCAGCCUGCCUCUGGUCAGCUCCACCUACGGCCUGGUCCUCGGCGCGUACUGCUCCACGCGGGACCACCACCCCGUCCUGGCCUCCGUGUGCCGCGCCGCCGAGAGGGGUGUGUGGGCCCUCACCUCCGUCGCCAUGACCACCGCCCAGCCCCUCAUCGGCCGGCUUGAGCCCCAGCUUGCCAUUGCCAACCAGCUGGCCUGCAAAGGUCUGGACCAGAUUGAGAAGACCUUGCCAAUACUUCAGCAGCCGUCUGAUCAGAUCGUGUCCAACGCCACCGGGGCUGUGGCGGUUGCCAGGGAGACGGUGUCAGGCCGGCUAAGGGGCGCGGUGGACCGUACCAAGGCGGUGGUCAGCGGGGGGGUGGACCGUACCAAGGCGGUGGUCAGCGGGGGGGUGGACAAGGCCCUGAGCACCUCUGAGGACCUGAUAGAGCACUACCUCCCCCCCGGCCCGGAAGAGACGGAGCUGGAGAGCGGGCCGACCGGGGGGCCGGAGGGGCCCAGCUACUACGGCCGCCUGGGGACCCUCUCGACGCGGCUCCGCAGCCGGGCGUACGGCCGGGCCCUGGCCAGGGUGCGAGGGGCCAAGCAAAGGAGCCACGAGGCCAUCGCCCAGCUGCCCCACACCGGGGACCUGUUUGACUUCGCCCGGAGGAACGUGGGCGGGGCCAACAGGAAGGUGUACAACACCCUGAGCUCAUUGGUGGAGAGGAGGAUCAGCAGCUCGCCCCGGGGGCAGGAGGAGAACGAGGACCCCAACACCGAGGUCGCGGAGCCCCUCCCCCUGGCCCUGGCCGCCUCCCUCUCCCAGCAGCUGCAGACCACCUGCCUCGUGCUGGCGUCCGGUCUGCAGGGCCUCCCCCGCCACCUCCAGCGGGAGGCGCGCUCUCUGGGCCGCUCCGCCUCCGGCGUCUACGCCAGCCUCGCGGCGGCCGGAGGCGGGGCCCUGCCCGCGGGCGCGCUCGCCGGCGGGAAGGCGCGGCUGGGCCAGGUGAAGCGGUCCCUGGACGAGGUCCUGGACUACCUGGUCAACAACACGCCGCUCAACUGGCUGGUGGGGCCCUUCUACCCCCGCCUGCCCAGCCCCGCCCGCCCCGGGGAGUCGACGCCCGAGGUCGCAGCGCCGCCGCCACCACCCGCCCAGACCACGGAGUCCCCGGAGGACCAGAGCCCCUCCAGCAGGGACCCCAGCCCGCAGCGUGGGGGGCCCUCUCCCUGGGGGCCGGUGGUCCAGCAGCAGGAGGUCUGGGGGGCCGAGAUGCAGACGAUGGAUUCCCUGAGAGUCGCCUUCCACCACUGAUUUCAUUUCUGCACAACUAUAGUUUUGUUUUUAAUCGUACAGACUUGCCCGAUUUGUCGUGACCCUCUUACUGGAACGGCCUUAACCAUGUCGUUCCCAUGUCUGCAUUUCAGAAGCCACGGCUUUAAACAUACGUGACCAGUCAAAUAAUGUUGGAAAGUCCAACACUCUGGAUUAAUUCCAAUUCAAUCUCAUUU